AGUUUUAAAUAAAAUAUGGAAAAAUUUGUUGAUAGAAAAUAUAAAUUGAAGACUUCCGACUGCUUUGACGAAUAUAUGAAAUUUCUUGGAAUAGGCUUCGUCUCUCGUAUGGCCGCCGCAUCCGUCACUCCCGUCAUCACAUUAAGCCGUAACGAGAAUAACUCAUUCACUCUAACAACACAGACCACCAUAAAGAACACACAGAUCACAUUCAAACCGGACGAAGAGUUUACUGAAGAAAGAGCCGACGGCGUAAAGGUGACUUCAGUAAUAAGUUUUAAUGGCAAUGAUUUAGUUCACUUACAAACAGAUCCGGAGAAGAGAACAUCCACACAAAUACGUUCGUAUACAGACGGUUUAAUGACUGCGACUACAACAGCAAAUGGCUGGAGUGGGAAAUGUAUCAGAACAUACGAAUACAUACCUUAACUUCUCUAAGAG